AACUCCUCAAAAUCCGGCCAAAGUUAGUUGUGAGUGGCAACCCCCGUUGGAGGCCGUGGACUGGGACUCUGGGUCAUGACUGAGCCAAGUCACGCAGAGUUAAGCGGGUAUCCUGUGCAUACCUGCCUAGAUGCAAGUCUGUGUAGUCAGUUGGGCUUACUUCCAGGUCAAGGUGCCUAAGAUUGCCCACUGUGUGUGUUUGGCUCCUGAUGACUUCUGGCAAGGAGACUGAAAAGUGCAGCCCCGACCAUGGAAGAAUUAAUAGUUGAACUACAGCUGUUUCUUCAGCUUCUGGACCAUGAAUACUUAACAUCCACAGUCAGGGAGAAGAAGGCAGCUUUGAGUAACAUUCUUCUGAGGAUACAAUCAUCAAAAGAUUUCGAAAUAAAAGAAAAUGCACAGAAACAAGAGGUCACCAGUAACUUACCUGCUCCUCCUCAGAUGCCUCUGCCAGAGAUUCCUCAGCAAUGGCUGCCACCAGAUAAUGGUCCACCACCAUUACCUUCCUCGUCCCUUCCUGAAGGUUACUAUGAGGAAGCAGUACCACUCAGUCCAGGAAAGGCUCCAGAAUACAUCACAGCCAAUUACGAUUCUGAUGCUAUGAGCAGCUCUUACGAGUCUUAUGAUGAAGAGGAUGAGGAUGGGAAAGGGAAGAAAAUGAGACACCAGUGGCCUUCUGAAGAAGCAUCGAUGGACCUUGUUAAGGAUGCUAAAAUCUGUGCCUUCCUUUUAAGAAAGAAGCGAUUUGGGCAGUGGACUAAAUUGCUUUGUGUGAUCAAAGAAAACAAACUACUGUGCUAUAAGAGUUCCAAGGACCAACAGCCUCAGAUGGAACUUUUGUUGAGUGGCUGCAGUAUUACAUACAUUCCCAAAGAUAGUAAAAAGAAGAAGCAUGAGCUGAAAAUCACACACCAGGGGCAAGAUGCUUUAGUGCUUGCUGUACAGAGCAAGGAGCAGGCAGAUCAAUGGCUGAAGGUAAUUAAGGAAGUUUGCAGCAACUAUAUUGGAGCUACAGAUUCAGAUGGACCUUCAUCUAAUUCUCCUGUGCACAAGACUGAACUGGAAAAGAAACUAUCUUCAGAAAGACCAAGUUCUGAUGGUGAGGGGAUUGUAGAAAAUGGAAUAGCUGCCAUCUGUAAUGGAAAAGAGCAAGUAAAGAGGAAAAAGAGCUCUAAGACAGAUUCCAAGGGCACUGUGUCUAAAGUAACAGGGAAGAAGAUAACAAAGAUAAUUGGCCUAGGAAAGAAGAAGCCCUCCACAGAUGAACAAACCUCAUCAGCUGAAGAAGAUAUCCCAACUUGUGGAUAUCUUAAUGUGCUGUCAAAUAACCGGUGGCGUGAGCGCUGGUGCAGAGUGAAAGAUAAUAAGCUCAUUUUCCACAAAGACAGAACAGAUCUAAAGACCCAUAUUGUCUCUAUUCCUCUCCGUGGCUGUGAAGUUAUUCCAGGAUUGGACUCCAAACACCCCUUGACAUUCCGCCUGCUUCGAAAUGCACAAGAGGUUGCCGUAUUAGAGGCUUCAUCUUCAGAAGACAUGGGCAGGUGGAUUGGUAUUUUGCUGGCUGAAAGUGGCUCCUCUGCAGAUCCUGGCACUCUGCACUAUGACUACAUAGAUGUGGAUGUGACGGCAAGUGUCAUUCAAGCCGCAAAACAGACCUUCUGUUUUAUGAACAGACGAGUUCUGUCUACUAAUCCUUAUCGAGGAAAUGCUGCCAAUGGCUAUGCGUGUCCCAGCGGGAUGGCACUUCAUUAUGACGAUGUUCCUUGCAUAAAUGGAUCAGUAAGAAUUGAUUUUUGUUGGGAACCGGAAGAUGGCUUUCCUGCUUCUCGUGGCAGAAACAUGAGAGAAGAUGGGCUUUAUGAUAAUAUGGGCCUGUACGAUAACUUGCCGUCUCCGAAAAUCUUUGCACGCUACCCACCAGCAGACCGAAAAGCCAAUAGGUUAUCUACUGACAAACUGUCCUCUAACCACUAUAAAUAUCCUGUCUCAUCCAAUCUGUCUUCUGCUCAAUCUGUCACUAAUACCUCUGCUGUGGGGAGGGGAUCUGUCUCACAGUUUAAAGGAAAGAAGGCUUCUGCUGCUACAAAUGGAAUAAUGGGGAAAGGAAGAACAUUAAACAACCCACAAAAGAAAUCAGAAUCUGCUUCAAAUGUAAAACGCAGCAAUUCUAAUGCUGAACAGUACAAAUAUGGAAAGAACCGUGUUGAAGCAGAUGCAAAGAGGUUACAGACCAAAGAGGAGGAGCUGUUGAGGAGAAGAGAAGCUCUGAGGAAUCGCCUGGCUCAGCUUCGAAAGGAAAGGAAAGACCUUAGAGCAGCCCUGGAAGCAAAUGCUGGUAGGAAAACACUAGUCAUCCUUGAAGAUAAACUAAAGAAGUUGGAAGAGGAGUGUAAGUUGAAAGAGUCUGAACGUGUUACUCUGGAACUAGAGCUGACAGAGGUGAAAGAGAACCUGAAGAAAGCUUUGGCUGGUGGCAUCACAUUGGGACUGGCGAUUGAGCCUAAAUCAGGAACCUCAACUGCACAGUCUCCAGUUCUAAAACAUCAGACUCUGGAGAAUUCACCUAUCUCCAGCUGCGAUACAAGUGAUACUGAAUGUUCUGUGCCUGUGAACAGUGCUGUAGUCCUGAAAAGACAUUCCUCCUCAAGCACCUCUCCAUGCAGAGGCCAUGUGCUUCAGAAGGCAAAGGAAUGGGAGAUGAAAAAUGGAACAUAAAGAAGUAAUAUCGUCACUAGUGCCUGUUUGGUAUGGCUCAAGAUGGACUGAAGAAGAUUUACCUGCACCAAGAUGUAAAGGGUUUGUCAAUCCUGUUCAGUUAGUGGUCAAUAUAGUUUAACACAGCCAAGAGGAGGGCCAUCUUGAAUGUGUCAUUUGUGUUACUGUGACACUUCUUCCAGAAAUAACAUAAUAUAAAAGGAACAUUUUAAAUGGUUACGUAGAUGGAUCAGGUUAAACUAGCAAUUGUGUUGGAUGGAAUUUGAGAUUGGCAUGUUUCAGUACCCAUUUGAAAUAGUUUUAGAUAGCUUUAAUCAUUUGGUACAAAAUCAGAUGUUGGCUCUCUGUAGAAGUUGCUGGAUAAAUGUGGGGAUUGUCAACUCUGUGGCAUUCAUUCAGUUCUUACAAGGUUUUUAAAGUAGAAGACUGAAAAACUGCAGCCGCUGUGGAAGUCGUGGACCUGCUGUUUUCCAUGGUGAUUAGAGACCAAGAAGGAUAACACAACUGAAAUAUUACCUUGGUACUAGUGUAGAACGGCUCCUCCCAGCUGUACUAGAAAGAGCUUCCAUCAUUUUUAAACGUUAUUUUUGAAGAUGUUUUUAUUUUCUUCAAAUGUUUUAGAUGGAUUCCCCACCCCACAAAAAGCCAAUAGAAAUGGAUCCCACUUCACUCAAAGUAAACAGGACCAAUAACUCUCUACUUCAAAUUCCCCUCCAGAGUUAAAGUUGUUUUGAGGAGGAUAUAUAGGAAGAAAAUAAGGAACAACUAAUGUAUCAUUGCAUUCAGAAACAUUCCAAGAAAAAAAUAUCUGAUUUUUAAAAAAUGUAACACCCCCCUUUUUAAAAUAAUACCACUUUUCUCUCAAUGCUAAAAGGUAAAAUUCUUUCAACCCCCAAUGAAUGUUUAGAAUAAACCAAUUUUUAAUUGUUAUCCUUAAGCACCUCUUCUCUUCAGUGAUCUCUGCUUAGAAGAUGGUAUGUGUCCCUGUAUUUUUUAAAGAAAACAAUUUAAUGUUUAUUUUUCUAAGUUUAUAUGACGUUUCUUUUUCCUGCUAAAAGCAUGAGUUGUAAGCCAAGAAGUUUGCAGCUGAAAACCCACUUCGGCUGUGAACUUGCUAGGUGGCCAUGGGUAGGCUGCAGUGUCUUUGCCUCACCACCCAAUCUGCAAUAUGGGGAUAGUAAUAAUAAUAAUAAUCAUUAAUGAUAAUGAUACUGGCCUGUCUUGCAGGGUUGUUGCAAAUAAUGUGUGUGAAAUGCUUCAAACGCUUGAAAAGUGGAAUAUAAAUGAUCAUUUAUUAUUCUGCACCUCCCAAAGAAAUGUCUCAUAAGUCUAACAAAAAUUUCCUCUGGUACUCCUUAGUAUAUCUGUUGCCUCAGUCCAGAGUUUUGUGUGAUCUUAGGAAAACAGCUGCUGUGCAGAUGGGCUGCUCCAAGGUCUUUCCCUCUUCAGGCAUCUUGUGUGAGGCAGCUGGGAGGCAGCAUCCACUGGCCGGUGCUUCUUGCUCCUUCUGUUUCUUUCCUGAGAACAGACAGAAGAGACCACGAUAGGGAGGUUUACGGUGUGAUCCUAACCAUGUCGACUCAGAAGUAAGCCCUAUUGAAUUCAGUAGGCUUACUCCCAAGUAAGUGGGGUUAGGGUUGCAGCCUUAGUUAGAAGGGUGUGUCUGCUCCCUGAAUUCUUUUUUGCCUCUUUCUGUAAGCAGGCAGUCCUUCCAGGGAGAGCAUCUCUUUAUCCCUUCUAUGGAGCUGAGUUCAGGUCAAGCUACAAGAUAGCCAGGACUCUCUCCCGCCCUGCUGCAACACUGACUGCUCUUCUGACCUACCUGCCACUUUGGGGUUGCUCAGCUAAGAGCCAGAGCAGGAACAAUCCCUCCCCAAAUGACAAGUUUUCCAUCCUGCCCUCCCCUGCAACUCAAGGGGUCCAAGGCACCCCAUCACCAUGUCACGGAGGAGACCAAGCUCAAUUCUGAGUUUUAAUUUUAUGUAUGUAUGCAUUUUAUUUUAAUAAGAUAAAUAGGGAGGGGGGAACUACUCAAGAGAGGUGGCAUCAAUCUUCUUUUGAGUCUUCUAUCCCAGCAAUAUCCUUCCACAUAAGAUCAGGUAGGCCCACCAGGGACUUUCCAGAAAGGGAUAAUCAGACCCAAAGUGAAAGUUUCAGCCACCACCCAGAAACUUGAGGAUAGGGAAGGCCAGGUCGUAGGCAAAUGGCACCUUCUGGAUGAGUGCUGUGUUACAGAUAAAUGUAACAGAGCAUUUUUAUGUUUGGUUUUAUGCUGUUUUAUUUACUGUGAUUUACAAAUCCAUUGAAGGCACCCCAUGGGCCAUAGGAUGGCCGAGAUCCCUCCUGGUUGGUGGAAAGAGAGAGCUUUGAUCCUAAAGGGGGAUCUGACGUUGGAGUUCUCCUCUGUGCUGUCAUAACAACUUCAGUAGCCAAAGGAUCCACAGCCUCCCGGCUCCCCUGAUGUCCCCAAACCAGGGAGAAAAUUACGUCAGCCCAUCAGUUCACUCCAUUUAAUUUCCAAUGGGAGGGAAAUUGUGUUUAAAAAUCAAGGCCAGAGGUGGGGGACGGGACACCCUUACGUUCACCCUCCCUGUUGGCAGGAUCCCUCCAGAACAUGGAAGAAGGUGGAUAAACUGACUUUGUUUUCCCCACCCAAGCCUUGAGAUGUGGUAUAUAUUGCAUAGUAGAAGCAGGAAUUAAAGCAAACUCAUACAAUCCAGCAGAAUGUGUAAAAUUGUAAUCAAGACCAGCUCACAUUAUAUGCUGAAAUGCUCAGAUCUUCCUCUGGUGCUAAAAUGACAUCAUAGUUGGAGACGACAAUCCACAAAUGGGGUGCUAUGAAUUAAAGUGUCAUCUCUCCCCCCCCCCCCCCGCUGGCCACCACCUACCUAACUUUAAUUGGCAGGGGCUUAUGGAGGAGGACCUCAAGUUUGGACAGGCUGGUGUGAUGAAAGGCGGCUCUUUUACACAGUUCUGCCCUCCAUCUGCAUGAUUUCCAUCAGAGGAAGGUUUAAAAUUCCCAUGAAAACUCCCAACAUGUUCCUCGUGCUCCUGUGUUCCUAAUCUAAUCAUUGACACUGACCACACUGUGAAGCUUUGAGGCACUGUCCUUGUUCAGAAUGAUUAGAGCCAGAUCUGAGCACAGGACCAUUUGUAUAUUGAAUCUGCCGCUGGUGUCAAUGGGCACCACUGCGCAUACAAAGAAUUAGAGGGCUUGGUUUCCUGCAUAUGUGACUGGAAAGGCAAUCUACUGUCAUAGUCCAUUGGUGCCCUACUGACCAGCUGUUUGGAUUGUCUGCCUGUGGAGGGGAAGCAAACAAAAUAUCCCCAGAAAGCCCAUGCUUUGCUUUCAUAUCGAGGAAGUGAUGAGGGCAGCUCUGCACAUGCAAAGGAAUUUGUAUAAGAACAGCCUCCACUAGUGUCCUGAAUGGAGCAGCCCAUGGACGGGGUUGAGUAAACCCUGUAGAUGCAUCACUUGUUGCAAACUGGUCACAUAAUAAGCUUUUUGUUAAUUUCUGAAGCGUGUAGGGAGGAUAAAAUGCUCCCUGAAGGGGUUAAUUGUGGCAAGCACUGCCCACCUCUCUCAUUCCAUGUUGCUUUUUCCUUUAGUUCUCUGGCCUGUAUGGCGGUUUGGCAGGUGUGCAGAAAGGUCAUCUAUAUCCCACAAAAUGUCCCGUGCAAGGAGGUGUAUACAAAAGUUAUUUUAUUUAGGCAAAUUAUUUUAAACUAAUUUAUUUGUAUAUUUCAUUAAAUGUUUAAUUUAUAGAUGUACAUAUUUAUGAUAUAUGCUAGACCUUAGAUCAGCACGUUUAAUAAGGAAGCAGCUUCUGUUGCUGUCCCUUUUAAACAGAUCACAGAGCACAAUAACUAGAAUAAAUUACCAGAUAUGUGCAAUUUUAUUUUUCCCUUGUGAAACUUACUUUGAGCAGAGUGUGUAUUCUAAAUUUCAGUUGCUGCAUCUUUGUAUCCGCCCCCCUGGUUGGUAAAUUUCACUAAACUCAGGCCCAAGACAGACGUGCAGAGCUGGAGGAGGGGGCCUGCUCUGCGUCUGCAGCUUUUUAAGGAAAGGUACAUAAGUGAGUGAAUGAAAUGAAGGAACAUCAGGUACCUUCUGUUCCCAGUGAAAGUAGGCUCAAUGGAGUUCUGGCUGGCUAACCCUUUUGACAAGCACAAAGUUACCUCCUCAUCUGAAUUAGCAGAAUACUAAUUGACUGGUUAGUGUGGCCAUCAAAAAGCAGGUGUCCCUUUUUUUUUUUGGUUAAAAUAAUAAUAUAUAUGUAUUGGUACAUUUUUAAGAAGGCAUAAAAAUGUGUACCUAAAAAUUCUUAAGAUGUGCAGAGGACUUUUUAAGAAAACACAAAAGCCUUCCCAAAUAGCAGGGUGUGACUGGGAGGACAGGAAACGGGGAGCUGCAUUGAGGAGGAGGCGUCCCUGUCUUGGGCCUGAGAGGGAGAUGAGUCCCUGUGUAGUUACACCCUUUGAGGAAAACCUUUCAGCAGAGUGAGGGUUUGUGUGUAUUGCCCUUAAUGCAGAAGGUGGGGAUUUGUUUGGUAUGCUGACUUUGCAGGAACCAUUUUUGUAACUGUAUUAUUGAACUUCUUCUCCACGAGAGUUAGUACUUUUCAAAAACAAGGCAUUGUAAAGGGAUUGGGCUGCCUCCCCACAGCCCAGUGGGAGUCCUUCUGAUAUUCCUGCUGUUAUUUGGUUUUUGUCUUGGAAGUGCCAGGUAUAUACAAAUAACGUACAGUAUGGAUUUAUACAGAUAAAAAAGCAGAAACAAACCAAAACAGAAAGAACCUCUAAAUAGACCAUAUUAAAUGCUGUGAAAUAUACUCCACCCCUUUCUCAGUGUGUAUGUUUGUGUGUGCGCAUGCGCAGAAUAGUGCUGUGGCAGAGCUCUGAAUGGCCAGGAAGGCCUCUGGUUGUGCUUCCAGGUGAGCAGUUUCAUUGAUUCUAGCUUGGGUAGAAGGGCUCCUGUGCAACCUUCUAGAUAAACCAGCUACAAGCAUUCUGUCAUGCUCUGCUGCGACUUAGAACAACAGAAUCCAGGAUAAGUCUGCAGAUUGGAGAGAGAUCUACUUCUCACCUGCUCCCCCCCCCCGUUCCCAUCAUGCAUUUCACACAGGCCUUUAGCAAAGGUUUUACUAAUGAUCAAGAAUUGCUUUAAGGAAGUGGUUUUGUACACUGCAUUUCUAUGUUUGUGAGGACAUUUUACUGAUCUAGUAUUCCAAAAUAAAGUAUGAAUCAGGAACUGUUUUUUAUUUUUGUUAUGGAAGUUGUAAUUUAUGUCAUUGGAUGGGGAUGUGGGUCUACUUUUUAAAUAUCAGGUUAUAAUUUGGGGAGCAAGACUUUGCAAAAAAUAAAUUUUUAAUGUAUUAAUAAUUCUGUAUCAGUCUUCCAUUAUUACCAAACCUACCAAUGGAUCUGAGUUGUUUCACUUAAAAGAAUACUCUUGUAUUAAGAAUGUAAUUAUUUUUAUGAUUGUAUUUUCAAAGACAAAAUCGUAUUUAAAGUUUUCCAUGAAGAAGGAACACUAAAGCAAGGGGAUUUUUUUGUGAGCUGUUUAUGUUUUCAUAUCUCCUAUGUUUUAUUUCAUUGUAUUUUACAUUUCAUUUCUCAGUGUUGGUGUGGCUGCUGUUAGUUAUGAAAUGCUGGGUCAAGAGCAAUCGCUAUCUUCUGAGAAAGACAAUAGAAGUUUGUAGAAGCCCAAAUUGAAAGGAGAAAAGGGCCACACGAAAUGCAGGCCUUACUUGUUUUAGUUUUUUACCUUUCUUUCCCAGAAAAUAAUAUGACAGGCACCUAAUUGGUGUAACACAUUAAUUGACAUUAUUAAUAAAAAUACCCUGUGAAAACUCA